GCUGGCGGUGAACGAUUUCGAGGGCGUGCGAGGGGCGUUCGACGCGCUGUCGACGUCGGGGGUGGCGCACGUGGGGGCGAGCGCGUGGUACGUGCAAUUGCUCGCGGCGGCCAAGGCGGCGCAGCCGGAGGUGGCGCUGCGCGUGGUGGAACAGAUGUUGGCGGCGAACGCGACGCCGGAUGUGCGGACGCACGCGGCGGUGAUGUCGGCGUUCGUGCGGGCGGGACGGAGACGAGAGGCGCUCGAUUGGUUGAAGAUGCACUUGUACGGCGUCUCGGACGGCGUCGAUGAGGGGACGGAUGAAAAGUAUGAUUUAAACCACGUCAUCGGGGGGAUGAUCGACGGUGAUCAGCGACGGGCGACGAAGAGACAGGUGAACCCGAUGUUGUUCACGACGGUGAUGAACGGCGCGGCGCUGGCGGGCGACCGGGAGAUGAUGCAGGAGAUCGAGACCAUGAUGUUCGAGUUCGGAGUUCCGCCUCUGGCCGACGCGUUGCAUUGCAUGUUGAAGCUCGAGCGCGUGGCGGGGACGAGCGCGUCGGUGGAAGCCGUUUGGAACCGAUCAAAGAUGAAGGCGCGCGCAUUGAAAGCGCAUCAAGAGCGCGUUGUCGCGCACGCCAUUCAUGGUCGUCAGAAAGCAUCGCACGCCGCCGAGGCGAGAGCGCUCGCCGUGAUAUCUCUCGAGGAGAUGUACGAGCGCAUCGGUCGCAAAAGGUCAGACGAGGAAUUUGAGGAACUGAGGCGUAAUAAUCACAUGGGAACGCCGUACGCUCGAUGGACAGGGGAGAGAGGCAAAGUGGAGUAUAAAGAUCAAAUAGAGAGCGAUGAAGACAUCAAAAAGGUUGGUAGUAAAGAGUCGCGUAUCGCCACGAACGCGUUGAUGAGUGCUUUCGCCGAGAUUGGCGAUGUAGACACUGUAAAUGAUUGGUUUAUUCGGUUGGAGGAAGAUCUAGGUGUUGUGGCAGACGUGCGGACGUUUAACGCGCUCUUGCGCGCGGAAUACGUCCGCUCGCAGCUCAAGAGCCGCGGUGAAGUAGAUUUGGACGAAACCAUGCAAAGGUUUCAAGAGGUCGUGGAUGCCAUGGAAGAUCGAGACAUUGAGCCGAGCACACACACGUUUUCAACCGUCAUGCAGGCGCACGCGGCACAUGGCGAUAUGCAAGGGGUCGCUCAGGUGCUGAAACUCAUGCAAGAACGCGAUGUCAAACUCGAUACAACGAUGUACAAUAUAUUGUUGAGCGCGUGCGCUCGAGCGGGGGAUUUGGAAGCCGCACUCAACGCGCGCUCGAGCAUGGCGCAGUCGGGCGUCAUUGCUGGUCCAGACACAUUCAUACCUCUGUUCGCCGCGUGCGAAAAGCAGGCGAAAGAUUUUGAACUCUCUGAGAGCGGCAAUGAGGUAUUCACGGACGCAAGCGAUGCGGCGGAUCCCAUGCUCGAGCAAACGCGAGUGGCCCUGGACACGGUUGAGCUGGAUAUGCUCGCGAGUGAUGUUGAACACAACUCGCGGUCGUAUACAGCGUUACUCAAGGCCAGAGGGGCUUUAGGUCAGUCGGACAUCGUAUUAGAGAUGCUCAGUGAUGUGCCGGAGGACGUGAUCCUCGAUCACAUCACGAUCAGCGUCGCGGUAUUGGCGCUUGCCAAGACGGAACCAACAAAGGCGAUAGCAAUUGCCGAGAACUUUGCGCAGCAAAAUGGAAAAUGGGACACGUGGCUGCUCAAUUCGGUCCUCAUCGCGUAUGUGCACCUCGGUCAGAUCAACCAAGCGUUUCAACGAGUGCAGAUGUUCGUCGAGGGCGGCGGUGUUCCCGUCGUCUCGACGUACAACACGCUCUUCCACUGCGCGGUUGCCAGCGGCGGAUUCGCCGAAUACGCUCCGCGCAUCAUGUCCGAGAUGUCCGUCCGUAAUUUGGAGCCCGACUGGUACACGCGAAAAUAUCUCGCCGCAGCAGCAGCCGGUCCAUCCGUCCCCGACCGCGAGAUGGCCGAGGAACUUCUGGCAAAGUGUCCGUCCGGACGCGACGACGCCGAUUUCCAUCGCCCGAGCGCGCGCUCCGACGGCGACGAUUUCGAUUUCGUCGACCACGACCAUGACGACGACUUCGACGACGACGAUAUCGUGUAA